AUGAAGUCCUGUCGUCUAAGCUGCACCGACUCUGGCUCCGAAUCCUCAGAGCCAGACUCCAGGAGCCCAGAGAAGUAUGAGACAGCCGCGCGGCGACGGAUGGCUGCCAACGCCAGAGAGAGGAAGAGGAUGCAGGGCCUGAACACGGCGUUUGAUCGCCUACGUAAAGUCGUCCCUCAGUGGGGCCAGGACAAAAAACUGUCCAAAUAUGAAACUCUGCAGAUGGCCCUGAGCUACAUCAUGGCCCUCAACCGCAUCCUGACAGAUGGCAGCAGGCACAGCGCCUCCCACAGGCAGUGGUUGGAGCUGCAGUUUGACUGUGUGCAGCCUGAUGACUCCUCGUGUCUCCUGAGGUUGGACUCUGCUGGACAGGGCUGCUUCCCCUCAGCCUUCUCAUGUCAGUUUGAGGACCACCAGCUCCACACAUAA